AUGUCCACCUAUCAGCCAGCGCCCGGUGGAACAGCACAAGCAUACGGCGCGUAUCAGCCUGGCGCAUAUGCCGUACAAUAUUCCCCAAACACGUCGCCGAACAUCCCCGGGGUCGCCUCAACGUAUUUCAUGCAGCAGCAACAGCAAUUUGCCCCGAAGCCCGAGCUACCGUCGCCUCCGCCAAUCAUACCUUCUGUGACACCAGAAGUAGCAUCGCAAGCUAUGGCAAAACUCAUAUCAUACCAACUGAAGGAGUCGGGAUUCAACAAGGCUGAAAACGAAGCCCUGCAGAAGCUGGAGCACGAAGUCGUUGCUUUCGUUCAGGAACUGUACCAGCGUGCCCACGAGUACGCCAACCUCGCCAAUCGUGGCGGACCAAUUGCAACAGAUCUCUUGCGAUCGUGUCAAGAACAUGGUCUGGAGUCCAAAGACUUGAGACGAAUACGCACAAAACAUAGGAAGAAGGCAGCAGACGGGUUCAAUCCACCGACACUCAUAUCUCCACCGUCCCGCUCCCCAUCCCCAGAGCUGCUUCCUUCAGACGAUGAACAGCCCCCUGUCCCAGUAACCCUUCGUUCAUUACCAGCGUACUUCCCAAGCCUGCCCCCAAAACAUACCUAUCUGCGAACACCCGCUUCACCACCGAAGAAAGCUGCAUUGCCUUCACUAGAAAAGAAACUACAGACGGCCGGCCUCGUACAAGAAUCGCUUCGUAAUCUGAUGUUGGCUACGGAAGACAGCUCUGGGCAGGAAGACGCAGAAUUAUUGGGGCAUAUAGUAAACUGGGAAGCGGGUCUUCAUCCGCGCAAGAGGUGGAAGGUUGGCACACAUUGA